AUGAUUUUCUCGCUGUUUAUUACGGCAUACAGUGAAAUUGGGAUAUUCGAAAAAGUGUAUAAUGAUAAAAUAAUUCUUAUUGAUAUUAGUGGUUCUUCUAAGCAAGAUAGUAAUGGUUCAAUGCAAAUGACAAAACCGGAAUACGCUAUAUACCCAUGGAACAAACAAUAUGACUGGUGUUCUAAUUGUAUGAGAAGCUAUGAUGAACAUCCCUAUAUUCGUUUUUCUUUGAAAAAUAAAAGGUUUAGAUUCAAUAGUUAUUUCAUCCGCUGUGGUUGUUGCUAUGAUGGAUGCUGUUGUGAAGAAGAUAAUUAUGGCUGUUUCUACUGUUGCCUAUAUUCAUGGUCAUUGCGAAUAUCAGAUGAUAAUAAAACGUGGACAGAAGUUCAUCGAAUGAAAGACGAAGAUAUGCGUCGAUGCAACGAGAAGACAUACAAACUCGAUAAAACAUACAGUGCUAAAUAUGUUGAAGUCAUCCAGAACGAAGCAUGUCCCGGUGAUCCUCCAUGCAUUGCUCUUAACCGAUUUGAACUUUAUGGCGAUGUCAUUGAUGACAACGGUGUUUCCGAUGAUUUUGUUUCAUACCACGAUGAUGACGACGAUGUCAGUAUCAUUG